UCUCAGAGGGUUCCGACAUCGUCUUUUUUUUUCGAGGUUGGCAACUUUCAUCAUGUCGCAGGACCGGGGGAAGGAUUCGGUAGACUCGCUCACGACCGCCCGACAAGGUCAUAACACGAAGACGUUUGACUCGCCGUUCAAGGUCGACCCGACAGUCGACGGCAAGCGGGACGACCUGGUGUGGCAUUUCAUGGCCAGAGGGCGUUAUUUGGAUGGGUCGACGGCGGCGGGCAGGAAGAGCAGUCGUCGAUGCCUGUGCAAGUUGUGCGGGCGUUCGAUUUGUGGGGGCGCUAAAGCCGCCAAGGAGCACUUCUCGAAGAGCGAGAAGUUCCGAUGUGAGGCAGCCACUCCUGCUGUGUGGAAUGCGAUCUGGUCGAAGGACAUGACAAAAUGUCAAAAGGAGUUCGCGUCGGCCAUAGAAACGUUGCAGAGCCACUUGCCAGGUCAUCCGAGCUUGCAGUGGCCACCUCUUCGAUUCCCCGAGGACGCAGUGCCGCCGCUGGUUCCUCCCACCGCCUCUUCUGGAGUCGUCGCAUCGCCCAAUUCUAGGGCUCCGGCCAUUCGAGUCACGGUAUCGCGUCCUGCAACAACAGUUGCAACACGACCGGCAGCCCCGCCGUCUGCGCCGCUGGCUGGGACACGAGGUGCUCGCGAUGUGGGAGUUGGUCGUUCCACGCCAGCCAACGAGCCCCCGCUUCUAAGGGAUGGUGUGGGCUCUGCGGCAUUUGACGAGGAGAGCACACGUGCAUUUAUUGAGAGUCGCAGUCGCCCAGAGCGCGACACCUGUGAGCCCUGGCGGGUUGUUGGAUGCUGGGUCCUCGGCGGGAGAGCUACGACGGGACGAUGUCGGGGCACUUACAGGCAGCAAGCCGUCACGUCAUAUUAUUCGGACCCUUUGGAGCGCGCAUGGCAUCUGCAAAUCAUGCGGUUCAUCGUCGAAAGCGGGAUGCCGUUCAACAGCACGAAGCUUGAAAGCUUCAAACGCAUGUUCAUGAUGAUAAUCCCGUCGGGGGUUCCUGGGGCGCCCGCGCCUAGACUUCCCUCGUACCACAUGCUGUGCACGACCCUUUUGGACGAGCUGGAUGGUGAGGUCCAGAAGUGUGUUCGGUCGGUGCUUGACACGUCGAGAGAGACCGGUUGCACAAUCAUGACCGAUGGUUGGACCAACAUCCGUGGUCAGACGUUGUGCAACUACCUUGUUGGUACAAACAUCGGGGUGGUGUAUGUGUCCACCGACGUCAUGCGUGGCAAAAAGGAUGCCAGUGCCCUCGCGAACGCAUGGUUGAAAAGGGUGAAGUCCAUGGACGUUCAAUUGAGCGACAUCACGGCGUUCGUGACGGACUCCGCCGGGGUGAACGUCACGGCGAUGGAGGUAUUCCAAAAAGAUGAGAGCGUGAAACACAUCUUCUGGAUUCCUUGCGUCGCCCACAUCAUGGAUCUCAUUCUCGAGGACAUCGGCGGGAAUGAUUGGGUGGCUUCCCGCAUUUCUCAAGCAAGGCUGGUUACAAGGUUCUUCAAGCGCCAUGGACAUGCGAGAGAGGUUUUUGAGGCGCACUCGACAAAGACUCUUCUGCUACCGGCGGAGACGCGUUUCGACACGAACGUCAUCAUGAUGGAGAGGCUGGUGGCACUGCGGGCCGCGUUGACAGAUGCUGUGGCCGACGAUCGCUGGCGCAGGACUGUUUGGUCGACCAGCAAGAUCCGCAAGGAUGCAGCGGAGGUCACUGCAUGUAUCGGUUCCCCUCCAUGGUGGGAGGAUUUGAGAGCUCUGUGCAAGAUGCUAGAGCCCAUCAUGGGCAUGCUGAAGUUGGUGGACAACGACACACGCCAGAUCAACAAGAUUCUGCGACGUUACGAGGAAAUGAUUGCAUUUUGUUUAUCCGCAUGUCAUGACAUUGAUCGGGAGCAGCAGGACGUUAUUGUGGAGGUGUUCCACAGGCGGCGCACCAUGUUCAAGACCCCCGCCCACACGGCAGCCAUGCUGCUAGAUCCAGAGUUCCGGGACGCGACGCUUUGUGAUGAUGCGGAAGUGCAGCAGGCCUUGGUCGAGGCCCUUGUCCAGUUCGGCUACCCGGAGGAUUCGCCGCAUCACCGGGAGGUCCAACGAGCGGUCGCCAAGCUCCACACGAGGGAGCCCCCUUUCGAUGAGCUCACCAUGCGGCGAGCUGCGGAUAUCUUUGAUCACCUUGCCAGUUUUUGGUCCUCAAAGAAGGCGAAGUUCCCUCACACGGCCUCAUCCGGGGGAUAGUUGCCGACAAGGGGGGGGACGAAGUGAGGACAAGAAUGACAGACACCAUACAAUUUUCGCUCUAAGCAUCACUUGGG